AUGUCGUCUCCUGUGUCUGUUCGCCCAUACCGGUCAAAACGUCAUCGACCGUGCGACCAAUGCCGAGGUCGGAAACUAGGAUGCCAGACUGCCGAUGGACUUCCCUGUCAGCGUUGUCGGGCGUCCAAAUUGGAUUGCACGUUUGAUGAACCCCCGCCGAAGCGAGCGCGUCUCUCACAGUCCCUUUCCACAGCCGAUCCAAACGUCGAGGAAUUGCCAGUGACGACCGACGCCGAUGUAGCGAUCUUUGACCGAACUGCCUCACCAGAAAAACGCCCACUUGGGAACGCCGAGCCAAUCUUUCCCUCUCUAGAAUUCGAUCAAGUCAAUGUUGCAUCUCCAGCGUCUGGAAUUCUACUCGCCGGUCGGUCGCCGACUCAGUUUGUGCAGAGCAUCGACAAACUUGAUCAAGGAUACGCUGAACUAUUUGGGGCUUCUUCUGAAUCAGAUCCAUGGCUGCUCAGACAUUGCCGGUUUGAUGACUCUGGCAUGAAACACUUUUACAAAGUCCAUUACCGAAAUGCUGGUGGAGUUCCCACUGCCCAGAGAAUACCGGUGCAUUUUAUGAUCACCUCACCAGAACUCUCAACGGCAAUAAAGCAGGAAACACGUGCAGGGAUCUGUGAAGGACCACGAGAAAUCCGCGAGCGGCUAGACAGCAUAGUUCCCCCAGAAUACGGCAGAAGAUUAGUUGCACUGUUCGUGAAGUAUGUUUUUCCUGCCCUACCGGUCAUCUCACGCUCCCAACUAGGGCUGAACACGACUUCAAAUCAGCUUCCAGAACAAGCAACCCUGUCUAAAGUUCCGGUCCAUCUUCUUGCUGCCAUAUAUGCUUCUGCGUUUCCAUUUGUAGCACAUGAUGAUUACUUAUGCGUCUUCAGCACCUAUCAUGCGUCACCUGUGCAAAAACUGUGGCGCAUGGUAUAUGAGCUCUUGACCGUGGAGAUUCAUAGCCCUCAUCUUGCGGUUCUGCAGGCCGCUUUGCUUUACGUUCAGCAGCAACCAACGGAUCAAGCUCGAUAUACUACUGCCGACACCCCCUUCGUGUGGUCAUUUGUGGGUCAGAUUGUUGGCCUCGCCUGUAGUCUCGGGAUACACAUCGAAUGUCGCAUGUGGGGUAUACCGGCGUGGGAAAAGCGCUUGCGCCGCCGGCUGUGGUGGGCCGUCUAUGCGGAAGACAAGUGGAGAAGCUUGUUAAUGGGGCGCCCUCCUUAUCUCUACCCGACCGAAUGGGAUGUCAGUGAUCUAGACGAGGGGGAUUUCCUUGUCGGUCCUAGACAGGGAUUUUCUACCUCGUCUUGCGAUAUCGACAUACCUUUCCGGUUUUUGGUAAACCUUGCCCGGAUUGCAGAGGAAAUUCAGUCAACGUUUUAUACACUCCGAGCAUCUCAAGUUCUGAACGCAGACUUUGAUACUUCAAUUGCUUUGGGCAGAGAGCUAUUAGAAAAACUGAACUUGUGGUGGUCUUCUCUCCCCGAUACUUUUCGCCUUCCAAAUUGGAGCAAAUCCGUUCAUGGGCAAGCUCCUUACCCGACAUCUAUCCAUUUUGCAUAUCUUCUACUUGUGGUUUAUGUUUAUCGUGCCAUGCUCCGACCCAUGGCACGAUCUUCAGAACCACCAAUGAUAUUUGAUUUGGAGGAAAUGGCUGCUACGUCUCCGCUCCCCAUAGAUGACCCGUCCUUUGAUUUUGCAGAUCUUUCAGGACUGGACGCCAUACCGGACAUCUCCAUUCCGGAUGUAUCUGGGACCAGUGAAAUUACACUACAUGCAGCAGAGAAAUGUGCAACGAUUUUAGUCAAUUUCACACGGCGCCUGACGCCUAGUGACUUCACCGGAUUUUGGUACUCAUGGUCUCGUAUUGGGUUCGCGACUGUCUCGAAUUUCUUAAUGUUAUUGCUAGUUCAGGCCCCAACAAUAGCUCACGCGAUGCGAGGAAAGUCUUUGGUGGAUUCCUGGUUGCAAGUACUGCGAUGUCAAAGCCCAAGCUUCCCCCUGGUCAAACUGGGCCUUGCGCGUCUUGAUGCUUUACAUUGGGGUGGUCUAGCGAAUACAUUUGUGCUCCCGCCGCAUGUCCAAGACGUUGCUGCCAAUGCGAACGCCAGCCCUGACCUGACAACCUGA